UCUCUUUUAUUUCACUCUAUCAUCUUUUUUUUCUCUUCUUUCUCUUUGUGAUUCUCUUCCAUUUUCUCUGCAAAAACAACAACUUCUGAAAUAAUGGGAAACAGUUCAAUAGCUCGUGCAGCAGUUGGAAUUCUAGGCAAUGUGAUCGCUUUCGGCUUAUUUUUGUCACCAGCUCCAACUAUCUAUGGAAUUAUAAAGAAGAAGGCUGUAGAAGAAUUCAAACCAGAUCCAUACUUGGCUACAAUAAUGAAUUGUGCAUUUUGGGUAUUAUAUGGAAUGCCUUUUGUGCACCCAAAAAGCACUUUAGUCUAUACCAUCAAUGGCACAGGAGUCGUGAUUGAAAUUGUCUUUCUCACCAUAUUUUACAUCUAUUCUACCAACAAAGGAAGGAAAAAACUAGUUCUUAUUCUUGCUAUUGAGACUAUUUUGUUUGCGGCCGUUGUUCUGAUAACAAUGUUAGCAUUUCAUGACACUACAAAAAGGUCUUUAGUAGUUGGUGUUAUUUCUGGUGUCUUCAAUGUAAUGAUGUAUUUCGCUCCUCUAACCGUCAUGGCAAAAGUUAUAAAAACUAAAAGUGUGAAAUAUAUGCCAUUUUGGCUCUCUCUAGCAAACUUAUUAAAUGGUUUGGCUUGGACAACUUAUGCUAUCCUUCCCCCAUUUGAUAUUUAUAUCUUGAUAUGCAACAGCAUUGGAGUAGUUUCUGGAAUUGUUCAGCUUAUUCUAUAUGCUUGUUAUUGUUCUAACAAAGCUGAAAACAAUGAAGAUGGUGAUGUUGAGAUGAAACCAACUAACUAGUGGUUAUGAAGUCAGCUUUAAUGAAAGAGCUACAGUAGCAUGAUUAUGAAUCCAUUCACAUCAUAGUUCUUUAAUUUCUUAUGUCUCUACUUAUUUUUAUGCUUUGUCUUAUAUUGAAUAUGAACAAAGCACAAGAAAUAUUUAAUAAGGGGAAGAAAUUUAUUAAUUUUGAUUUAAGUUUGUAAUAAUAUGUGAGAACAAUGUCAUUGCUCCUAAUGGUAGCCAACU